GCCCCUCUCCCGCGCUGCGGGGGGCCGGGGCUGCGCGGGGCAGCGAGCCGGAGGCUGGCGCACAGCGCCUCGCCCGGCCCGCGGAGCACUGAGCGGCGGCGGCUCCGCCCCUGCCGCCGAGUGUUUACUCCUCUCCACCUGCACCCAGCAGCAGCAGCAGCAGCGCGGCCGGAGCGGGAGGGACCCCUGCGCUCGCUGCUGAGGCGGACAGAGGCUCCCCCGCGGAGCCGGGAGAUGUGAGACCUUCCCGCCCGCCCCAUGUGCGCCCCCAGGUCCUGGAGGCGGGCGGGAGCACCCUGGCUUCUCAUGCUGCAGCUGCUCCUGCCUUCUCCGGGGGCGCCAGCAGAACUGUACUGUUCUUUGCCCGGUCCUAGAAAUGUCCAUUUUGAAUCUAAAAACCUGAAGAAUAUCCUGCACUGGUCACCACCAGAAGAACUGGGAGAGGGAGUACUCUAUAAGGUGAAGUAUUUGAUAUACGGCAUAGGUAAAUGGAUUAAAAAGUCAGAAUGCAAGAACAUCAGUAGAACAUGGUGUGACCUCUCCAAUGAAACAUAUAACCAUGAGGACCAAUACUAUGCAAGUGUAAAAGCCUUUUUCAGUGGAAACUGUUCCAGAUGGACAGAAACUGCACGGUUCAAUCCUCUCACUGAUACUAAAAUUGAUCCGCCAGCAGUUACUGUGUCUUCCACUGAAAAAUCUAUAUCAAUAGUUCUGACUGCUCCUGAGAAAUGGAGAAGAACCCUGGAAGAGGAAUCUAUAUCUUUGUAUCAAGUCUACUCUGGCCUGCAAUAUAAUGUGUCUGUACUCAACAAAAAAACAAAGAAAAGGUGGGUCUUCUCUAUUAAAAACAACACACUGGUUGUGCCCCGGUUGGAAUCCAAUACAGUUUACUGUGUCAAUGUACAGACAUACGUUACAACACCACUUUUGCUCAGUGGAUUUUCCAAAGAAGAUUGCAUUGCUACUCUGAAAGAUCCAACAGUAGAGCAGACUGUAACAAUCGUAUUUGGAUGUAUUCUGCCCAUCAUUUUAACAGGCCUCAUUAUCUCUAUGGCAGGCUAUUAUGUGCACAGGUAUAUUCAUGUCAGCAAGCAAAAGCAUCCAGCUAACCUGGUAUUGCACUACACCGAUAAAUGUGAUGAAAGGGUUUUUAUGCCUUCUGAAAAAAUAGUGGUUAACGUCAUCACUAUUCAUAUGAUGGGUGAGUACAAGACUUCCCAGGAAACCAUUAAUUUAAUAGGCAGGACCAGCCACAGUUGCAGUUCCAGUCAUGAUGAAAUCAAAGUUGAUGAUAAGCCUCUGAAAAGAGCAUUGGAAGUGAAACACAUGGUUGAUACUUCUGAAGAUGUGAAAAUUUUACCUGACUCUGAGCAAUAUGGGAUUUGCCAAUAUGGAUUCCACCCUGUUUUGGGUCAAAGGAGUGAAGGGGUUGUAGAGUAUGAACUUGAUGUGAGGCCUGCAGACCUUUUUCCUGUGCAAAAGCUAAAAGAAUGUGGUUUGACAGAGAAACCUUCUGCACCAAGAGAACUGCCAGAUGAGCCACAGAUCACUUUGAGGGAUUUCGCUGACAAUAAAAUGGGACAGUCAUACUGUCCCCAGCUUGAUGUCUGUAACCUGCACCUGUGUUCGGUGCAGAAACUAAAAGAACUCAAUUGGAAGGAGGAGGCUGCUGCACCAGAGGAACUACUAGAUGAUCCACAGAUUGAUUUGGGUACUGAAAAAAUAGGACAGUCUUACUGUCCCCAGUUAAGAACAAUAACACAGAGCCUCCAAGACCAAACUGGGACAACAGAGAUAGAAGAGGAGGAUGAACAGACCAUAUUAGUAGAUUGGGAUCCUCAUACUGGAAGACUUUAUAUACCUACUUUGUCCAGUUUUGAGAGUGAUGAACAUGAAGAAGUAUUUGAGCACAAAGUGUGUGAUCAGCCUGCUAAAGAAGAGGGGCUUUUGUGCAAACUCUGUAAGAGGCAGGCGUCUGAUGAGCCAUCAGAAGACCAAGAACCGUAUCUCCUGCAAUUCAAGGAGCAAUGGGGAUUGCAUGUAAAAAUGGAAGACUGAACAGGCUUCCUUCAAGAUGUUUAAUGUAAAUUGUUGCUUAUACCUUCAAGAGAUAUUUAUUUCAUCCAAAUCAUGGCUCAAUUUGGCCUAGAGGCUGGAUUUGUACUGGAAUUAUCUAAUCUCUGCUAUGUUGUCAUAUUUUUGAAGACUUGUACUGUAAAGAGGAUGCUCUAUAAGGAUUAUUCUGGUGUCUUCUUCGUGCUAUACACGUUAAAACAAAUUAUCUGUGCUUGAAAACAAUUAUUUUUAGAGAAUGUAAGGAAGCUUUUCUCACUAUGCACUGAAUAAAUCAUUAAAAAAUAGGAAGGAAGCAGAGAGAGAAUCUGAGGCAUCUUCUGCCACAAGGAUCCUAAAGGCCAUGACAGAUUUCCAUGGGAAAGUUCUUUCACAUAUUUUGGUAAAAAUAAGUAGACUUAUUUAAAGGCCCAGUCCAGCCCCCAUUGAAGUCACUUGAGAGACUGUUGUAAGCUUCCUUGGGAAUUGGAUCAAGCUUUAAUAAACUCAUGACUGCCUCUACUAUAAAAUCUUCACUGAGAGGUGGGGAGAAAAGACCAAUUUUUUGUGGGAAUUAACAACUUCUACUGUAUAUUGUUUUUGCAGAAACAUUAUCUAUGGUGGUCAUUAACAUUAUACAAGCUCUUGGAGGCCCCAAAUGAGAUUUGGGUCCCAUUGUAUUAGUGUUGUACUAGUAUUUAGUAAAAGAUAGUCCCUACACCAAAAUGUUUACAAUCUAAACAAAGGUGGAAAAAUAGAAAUACUGUUAUUGCCUGACCAGCCACGCCACAGUCGCUAUACCAGUCUCUAUCAAUGCAGUAGCCGUAAAUUAUUGGUGACACUUUUAACGUCCUCAGAGAAAGUGCAUAUAUUACCCAUAAACAUUCUAAUUACCCUAAAUCAAUCUUAUUAAAAUAGGCUAGGUGCUUUUAUCAAACCAAAGUAAUCAGCAACAAAAUACAGUCUUUCACGUGAAAGCAUAGUUGCAGUGACAGGAGGUCACUGGAGUUAACUAACUGAAUCGGAGUACCUUGUGCAAUGUUGUAGAUAAAAAAAUCAAUGCAUUCCUUAGACAGAUAAACAGGGAAUAUUAAAUAGGAGUAAGCAGGUGCUGUUGCUUCUGCAUUCAGCAUUGAUGAAACCAUUUAUGGGAAUAGUGUCCAGUUCUGGCAUCAACAUUUCAAAAUUGAUAUUGAAAAAUUAGAAAGGGUUUAAAAAGAGGUACAAGAAUGAUUUCAAGGUCUGAAAAACACACCUUACAAUAAAAGACCAAAUCUCCUAUCUGGGAAUGAAUAUGCUUAAAUUCAUCCCUAUUCAGCACAGCACUAAGGCACAUGCUGAAGUCAUUCUGAAUUCAAGGUAAAUCUUAAAAGUUAAGACUCUGCUUAUAUACUGUAUUGAAUAAGGAUGUCCUGAGUAAGGCCUUGGACCUUAUUGAAGAGAAGGCUAAGGAGUGACUUGAUCCUGGUCCGUAAGUACCAACACCUGGAGAAGAUACCAUUAUAAUAGAGGAGCAGAUGAAAGCAUAACAAGACCCAGGGCAUGUCUCCGCUACUUGAAUGGCACAGAUAUGGUACUACAAUUAUGCCACUGUAGUGACGUAGUGUAGACACUUCCUACGUUGACCAGAGGGGUUUUUCCAUUGCUGUAGGUAAUCCACAUCUCCGAGCACCUGUAGCUAAGUUGACGGAAGAAUUCUGCUAUUGGCCUAGCUGUGUCUACACUGGGGGUUAGCUCAGCUGAACUACAACUCUCAGGGCUGUGAAUUUUUCACAUUCCUGAGCGACCUAGCUAGGUUGAUCUAAAUUUUAAGUAUGGACCAGGGUCCAGUGGCUGGAAAUUGAAGCUAGAAAUAUUAAAACUUGAAUUAGAGUAGAAUUUUUUUUAACAGCAAGUGUAAUUAACAAUUGGAACUGCUUACCAAUGGCUUUGUAAGAUCUUCCUUCACUCAAAAGACUAGAAGUUCUAUUGGCAUAAAUCUGACUCUGGGCAGGCUGUUAAUUAUUCCCUUGUGAAAGUUACAGCCACUCAUUCAUCAAGGUCAAAGAUACUACUGAUCCUGCGGUCCAAUGACAGCUUGAGAAAGAAAUAGUUCUUCAGCAUGACUCCCGCAGUGACGUGCACAGUGCCAGAAUCAAUUCUCAUUUAUGUUAGUGAUUUGUGCAGGUGCCGGCCUUAGCAGCAGCAGCACCUAACAUAAACAGGCAUUAUCAGCAUUGAUUUACAAUAAAUGCGUCAAAUGGCAUUAAGAAAUGUUGUGUGGCAGUUGACCAAAAGCAGGUCAGCAUGGUGGCAAUAGCCUGGCUUAAUAGCAAUGCUGAAAAUUACUUGUAAUUUCUUAUUUCCCGUUGCAAAUCAUGGGCCAUCUCAUGCCAUUUUUUAAAAGCAGAAUUCCCCAUGGAAAUAGUUCUGAAUAAAUAUCAACACACAUCAGGAAACUUAAUCUUUAUUAAUUCUAUCAGUUUAAUACAUUGUGGUUAUUCUGAAUGUUGAUCCUUGUUAAAUGCAGCAUUUGUAUAUUUGAUUAUGGAUUUUAAUGCUUUCGCCUUCUACAGCAUGGGUGGGAAAAUUAUGGGACGCAGGCCAGACCCACCAGCCGUUUUAAGCCAGCCCUCAAGCUCCCACUGGGGAGAAGGGUCUGGGGCUUGCCCAGCUCUGGAGCUCCAGCCACAGCACAGGGUCAGGGGCUGCUCCACGUGGCUCCCAGAAACAGCAGCAGGGCCCCACUCCUACACUCCAGCCAGGGAGCAGGGUCAGGAGCCACUCCACACAGCUCCCGGUAGCAGUGGCAUGACCCCCCAUCUGGCUCCUAUGCGUAGGGGCAGCCAGGGGGCUCAGAUCUGGAUGCUGCCCCUGCCUCAAGUGCCGCCCCCACAGCUCCUAUUUGCCAGGAACCACAGCCAAUGGGAGCUGCAGGGGUGGUGCCUCUGGAGGGGGCAGCGUGCAGAGCCGCCUGGCCAUGUCUCCGCGUAGGACCCAGAAAAGUGACAUGCCGCUGCUUCCGGGCACCCCUGAGCCUCUCUCCACGCCCCAACUCCCUGCCCCAGCCCUGAUCCCCCUCCCGCCCUCUGAACCCUUCAAUCCCAGCCCGGAGCACCCUCC